UCAGUGUUGCCAGAGCUCUGUAGGAACUCUGUUCACUCUAGUCUCAGCCUCACCACUGGCUCUUCACAGGAUUCUGAACCAAAUUACAUCUCUGAAGGGAAUAAUGGGUGCCACAUACUGCACCCUGGAUGAUAUCCUGGAGGAGGACAUGCAUCAUUGGUACACCAAAUUCAUGAAGGAGUCCCCUUCAGGACUCAUAACGCUCUUUGAGCUCAAGACAAUGCUUGACAUGAACGGUAUGACAGAGGACGCCAGCAGCUAUGUUGACCAGGUCUUCUUCACCUUUGACAUGGAUGGGGAUGGCUAUAUAGACUUUGUGGAAUACAUCGCAGCAAUUAGUUUAUUACUGAAAGGAGAAAUCAACCAGAAACUAAAGUGGUACUUCAAGCUCUUUGAUCAAGAUGGAAAUGGGAAAAUUGACAAGGAUGAAUUAGAAACCAUAUUCAAGGCUAUUCAAGAUAUCACCAGAAGUUACGAGGUCCCUCCAGAGGAGAUUGUAACUCUUAUAUAUGAGAAGAUUGAUGUCAACGGAGAAGGUGAGCUGACUCUGGAAGAGUUCAUCAGUGGAGCCCACGAUCAUCCAGACAUCAUGGACAUGCUCGCCAAGAUGAUGGAUCUUACCAACGUCUUGGAAAUUAUUCUUAACGGUCAACAGAAGAGAGCUAUAAACUGAACGUGAAGUCAACAAGCUGGAUUGUGUGGAAAAUUGUGAUUGCGCUAUUCGAAGGAUUUUUGGAAUGCAGCAGUGUUUAGGAAAGAAUGUACUGUACAUACUUGAUCGGUAAAGAGCAAAGUCCCAUCUCAAAUUGCAUUGAACUGAAAGACUGACUGAGCAGUACCACACAGAUAUGAUGUCAUUGAGUGAGGAAAACAGCAAACCUGUCCUCUCCCCUCUGCUUGUGCUCUUACAUAUCUUGAACGAUGGCCCUCCAGUUUUGUUAAUUUUAAAACAUUUUAACAAGCUGCGUGUUUCGAAAAGUCUCUCAAUGAAGGAGGACACAUCUACUUUCAGGUUCCCAUCGUGGCUUGUGUAGAUGAUGCAAAGGGUGGUGAAUGAAUCACUUUCAUUGACUCUUGGUUUACAGAACUGUCGGGCACAAGAAGACAACUGCCAAAACCUAAGCUAAUUUUGUUACACACUUCCUUAGAGAAAAAACUCCCUAUGCCAGACAUAAUUACACAUUUGGACGAUAACAUCUUAACACUAUACUUUAGGUUAACAUUUAAAUCUCUUUCCCUGAGACUGUUUGUUCUUGUUGGUUUUGUGUUGUUGUGAAAUGUGAAAUGUGCAUAAAACUACACUGUUGCUUGUAUAUGAAGUAGAUGGUACCUGACUAUCCAUGUAUUUUACUGCAUGUACAAAUAUUUAACAUGAAAUGUAUUGCUUUUCUAUAUUUGACAAUUAUUUUACUUUCAAUGUUGCCUUUAAAUCCCAAAAAUGUUUUGUUGAAGACAGUUUUUUCACUCAAUUAAGAUACAGGUGUACACAAUAUCAGAUUUAUAUAACAUGUUAAGGCAAAAACGUUUAUGAUAGCGAUACAUUUUGAAGAAAGAAAAUAAUUAAAAUAAUAAUGAUUUCCUUCAAAUUCCUCUUUAACUUAGUUUAGUGUUUUGUCUGUUUUUUGGCAAAUGUAUACCCUCAUACUGUAUGUACUGUAUGUGGGCACUUGGGAGAGGGAGACAAAGUAUAAAAAACCAAAAGCACUGGAUUACACUACAUGUUAUAAUGUGUAUUAUAUACAUGCUAUUAAUAUUGUUUUUUCAAAACAGGUAAUAAGUCUGUCUGCCCAUCUAUGUUGCUAUGUUAACUCAACGGUCGAUAUAGUAAUACUACGAAGCGGCUAUUAUCAUAAAGCAGUGUCUUUUUGUGACAAUAAAUGGUAUUUUUUCUGUU